UAAAAAUUCAAAAAACUAAUCCAUCAGUUGUGAAGUUCAACAAGUCUUUUGUCUAAAAAAAUCUGAGACCAACAACAAGACACCACAGAUAUGACUAAUAAGAGUUCAUCAGAUGAAGACCUUAUUGACAGCAAAGUCACCAAUGAUAUGAACAAAGACAGAGCCAAGAGAAUCGUUGGUCUCACCAAUGAUCCAAAGAGUUGUCCCAUUUGUCUCACACAAGUAUUUAACCGUUCAUUGGCCGACACUUGUUUGCAUGAGUUCUGCUACGAAUGUCUUCAUGAGUGGUCUGCUGACCACAAUCGGUGUCCAGUGUGUCGGCAGAGCUAUCGAAAUAUUAUUCACAACGUCGUGUCAGCCAAUAAAUAUGAUAGCGAACCGGUUCCCAAAACUGUCGACGAAGUAGAGGACGAAAUUGCGGAAAUUAGACAAAUCUAUCAUUGGGUGAGAUCUGUCAGAUAUCAUAGUAUCCAACAACGAGUCAGAGCUAUCAAUGACUUAAAUACCAUCAACAAUGAGAUCAAUGAUAUGGCAGACAGUGAGCGACAAACAAAUCAAAGAUUCAACAAAUUGAGAGCAGAGUCUACACUCUUAUUACAGACGAUUGAAGAACUGGAUAGAGAUUCCAUUUGUUUCAUUGAGAUAUUGCUUACCAAUGAUCUACAAGAAGACCAAUUACUUCAAUGGCUAAAUGGAAGAGAAAAUAACUUACCUUUCAAUGACGAGUUUGAAGAAAUUGUAGACUACAAUGAAUCAGAUGAAUCUGUAAACAAUGAUUUACAUGAAGAAGAUAAUGACGACAUCGAAGGUUUAAGACAAGGAUUAAGACAAAUGCUCGACACACUCACUGCAGAACUUGAUUUCGUUCGGCGAAAAAAUCGUUUAUAUCGUCGGAUCAACUAUUCUUACAAUCAGAGUGUCCAACAACGAGACAGAGCUAUCAACGAAUUGAAUGCAACAAAAAACGAAAUCAAUUGUAUGACCGACAGAAAGACACAUCAAUCAAAUGAUAGACUCAACAAAUUGAGAGAACUGUCCACAGACUUACAUAAGACUAUCGAUGAACUCAAUAGAGAUCUUAAUUCUUUCUCUAAGAUAGACUAUACCAUUCAUACACAAAAUGAUCAGUUAUUGGCUCAAUGGCUUAAUAGCCGAGAAAGAGAUAUACCAAUCAAUAUCGACUCUAUAGAUAUUCAAUACUUGUUGAUACAAACCAUUGGAUCACAUGAGUCAACGCCGUCAUCGCUAGAGACAGUAGAAAGUGAUUCACGUGAAGAUGACAACGAUUGUGUCAAUGAAUCGGGUGGUGAAUGUGAAGACCACGGAUGCCAUGAAUCCAAUAGAAAAAGACGACAAACAAAUGACUCCGGCGAUGAAGAGGACAACUCUUUUAUCGGUCAAUCGGAAAGCAAAAGAGUUCGAAGAAUAUGAUAUAUGAUUGAAGUGAUCAUUGAAAGAA